AUGUUUUCGGCUAGAACUAAUAAGAUUUUGCUGAAUGCCAGCAAUAUCAAUAAUAAUAAUAAUAAUAAUAAAAUUGAGAUUAACAAGAAAAAUAAAGAGAAUGAAUCUGAUUUCACAAUCAUCGAAAAUUAUCGAACUUUGGAAGAUGGAACUUUACUUAUGGAAACUGUUAUCUCUGAAGAUACAGUCAGUAGUGAAAAAUAUUGUAAAGAUGAAAAUAUGAAAAAUUCUGUAUCGCAAACAGAAUCAAGAAAAGAAAUAAGCGAAUGUUGCAUUGAAGGCACAGAAACGGAAAUUAUUACAAUACUACAAUUAGAAAGUGAAAAGACGUUACAAGAACUAAACAUAACCCAAAACGAUGUUCUAAAUUUGAAUCAAAAUAAUGUACUUACACAAGACAUUGAAGACAAGCCAGAUAGUGAACAAAUGAUAGAAUCAGGAAACAUACAUGAUAAUGUGGAAGAAGUGCACGAAAUUAUAACAUAUGAGAUGGAUGAAGAAAUGAACGAUGAGGAAUUAGUGCAAGAAGAUUUGGAUGCUAUAGAGAUAGAAAAGUUGCAGAAAAAAGAAAAUGUUACAAAGAAAAGAAGUGAAACCGCAUUACGGAGAUUACAUGGAAAAUCGUAUGUUGGCUAUAAAAGAAGCAAGGACAAAGUUAUAACACACGAUUGCAAGAGGGAAGGAAGAAAAAUGAGAGAAAGGUGAUACACCACCCCAACAGGAACUUUAACCCCAAACGUCCAUUUCAUCGAGAAAGACACUUUGGUAUCAAAGGUUAAAGAUAUUCUGGAUAUAAUAGCCUGGUUAAAUAUAGAUGGAUAUGAUGAAAAUGGAAUACAAAUUAUAUCAAAUGCACAUCUUUUAGUAUCCAAAAUUUUGACAGCAUACACUGACAUUCCAUUAAAGACUUUAAUGCCCUUUCAAAGUCCUCGUAGGUCUGGAACCCAACAACACCAUCUUCGAGGUAGAGACUAUAGAGCGUCGAUUGUCACUAACACUCUACCUAAUUAUACAACCCGAGUUAAAGGCGAGUCUAACACCCAUAUAGUGUUCCGAACAUCGGUAGACCAUUUAGCAGUCAAUUUCUUGCAUAUUUAUGCUCACAUAACCUGGUUAUCUAUGGGUGAAUUAGAGGUGGGUCGUUACCUAACCUCCCCGAGUAUGAUAUGGGGAGUGACUACAGAAUGUAAAUACUGCACAAGAGCAAUACCAGACGUGCCUAUGGUAUUUAAAGAGGAACUGAUCAAGCGUUGUGAACCAGUUAGAUUGAAUAUAACGAAUAUAGGAGAAAUUGCAGAGGAAAUUGUAUGUAAGAGUCUGGACAACUACAUAUCUAAAAAUCUCAUUACUAGGAUGGGACUUCAAGCUUCAGAUGAAGAAAAGAUCAGAAUAUCUAGCAUUGGAGUUAUGCAAGAAGCACUUGAUAGUACGUAUUCCAGAAAAGUGCAAGUUCAAGACAGAUUUGGAUCACAUGCCGCAGGAACUGAAGAGUAUCAUAUUUUAUCAACAUUAACAGAUAGUGGAACUAAAAAGAGUGUCGGGUUAACUGAAAUGAAAUGUUUACAAACAGACCUCUUGGCUGAAUUCCUAAUUUCUGUAGCGACAUCAACACUUGAAGCACAUGUUAGAGAAUUCACAAAACAUAAUGUAAUUGAAUGGUUGCUUAUAACUCCCGUAACUCAAAUCCCCUGGUAUGGUCUCUGUCAAUGGUUGUACGAGUCCAAUAGAUCAUGGCCCAGGAGUAGAUAUGAUGUACCUUCAAUAGUUAAACAGCUCUCAGAACCAUCGACUAUCACUUACUCUAACGCCUGCAUAAAAUGGAUUGAGUAUUUAAUUGCAACUGCCAUGUUUGACCAUACUGAUGAAGAAUGGUAUGAGGAUGUUGACUACAUUUUCAAUAAGAGUGAACUGCAUAAAUUCCCUCUUCUUAACUCAGAGAAAGGCACAGUAGAUUAUAUAGAAUCUCAAUACAAUGAGUUCUAA